AUGCUAGAAGAUGACCUCAAGUUAAGCAGUGAUGAAGAGGAGAAUGACCAGCCUUUCUUCCAGCAGGCAGCACAGAGAUCUGCUCUCCGCGUUCUAUCUGACAGCCUGGUGGUGCCGCAGCCCGGUGCCCGAGCCCCGGGACUCUCCAGCAAGGGGUCGAGCAGCAGCAGCUCCAGUGAAUCCGAGACCAGCUCCGAGUCUGACUCAGAGAGCGAAAGCAGCUCCAGCGAGAGCGACGGCAGCAAGCCCUCGCAUUACUCCAGCCCAGAGCCUGAGCCGCCCUCGUCCAACAAGUGGCAGCUGGACAAGUGGCUGAACAAAGUCACCCCUCACAAAGCACCCAUCCUAAGCCACCACGAUGGCCCGGCGCUGGAAGCCCAUCCCUACUACGGCCGCGCGAAGGUAGAGCGGCAGGAAGGACAGAAGGCCCCGGCUGAGGGCCCGGCCGAGCACCGCAGUGAGGAGAACCGCACCGCCGCCGCCGCCGCCGCCGCCGCCGCCGCCGCGGGGGACGGGCCGCGGCCCAGGACCGCCAACAAAGCGCCGGGCAGCAAGGGCAGCCGGCAGAAGUCACCGCUCGCUGCCGACGGCGGGCCGAGGCGGGCAGCAGGGAAGAAGGCACCGCGAAGAGCCGAGAGGAGCUCCGCUGCAGACGGGCCGCCCUGCCCCAGCGCAGAGGAGCCCCCCCGGAGCCACGGCUGCCCUGACAGCGCCGCCGGCGAGGCGCCCAGGGCCCGGCCCGGCGGCGGCGGCUGCAGAGCGGGGCACCGCCGGGAGCCCCGCUCGGCCGCAGCUGGCGAGAAGCGCCGGGCCCGAGGGCCGAGCAAAACGGCGCCCAAAUCCAAGGAGUUCAUCGAGACCGAGUCUUCAUCCUCAUCGUCCUCCUCCGACUCAGGCUCUGAGUCGGAGCGGGAGGAGCGCCCGCUGCCCAAGGCGCCAGCGGCAGCCGGGCCCGAGCCGCGGGGUGCCAAGGACGCGGGGACCGGCACCGCCAGCAAACCCCACGGCGGCUGCAGUGCCUUUGGCUCUAUUAAUGCCAGGACUAGUAGUGAAAUAGCAAAGGAGCUGGAGGAACAGUUUUACACCCUGGUUCCUUUCGGUAGGAAUGAGCUCCUGUCUCCUCUGAAAGACAGUGAUGAGGUAAAGUCGCUGUGGGUCAACAUUGACUUGGCUCUUUUGUCCAGGAUUCCAGAGCGUUUGCCCGAAGAACCGCUGGCCAUGAGCGCCGGAGCAAACCAGGCGGCCAGCUUCCCGCAGGGUAGUAGUGCUGAACCCCCAGCAGAGAAGGGUUUACCGAAAUCUAGAAGGAAACGCAAGUGUGAGAAUGAGGAAGAGUGCAGAGACAUCAAGAAGACUCACUUAGAGCGAGAGAGUUCUUCACGAUUAGCUGCCUCUGCCCAAAGCAUCACAACAGCAAAUCACUGCAAUAUGAAUGAAAAUAGCUUGGCAAUACCAAUAAAUAAAAAUGAGAAAAUGCUUCGGUCACCCGUCUCUCCCCUCUCUGAUGCAUCAAAACACAAAUAUUCCAACGAUGAUUUAACUUCCUCCAGCAGACCUAAUGGCAGCAGUCUAUUACCUUCAAUCUCCUCCAGCAAAAAACAUAAGGGUGAAAUCCAGUCACAGCCACAUCCUGGAGACUUCAAUAAAGCAAUUCACAUCAAUUCAGAAAAUGUUCUUCUCUGCAAUAAGCCACAGUUCCAAACAGAGCCUUGGUCACCUCUGUCCACCACACCCAGGGACUGCAGAAGAACAAAGCUUGUCUUCGAUGAUAUACCGCGCAAUGCAGAUUACUUUAUGCAGGAAGCUAAACGGAAGAAGCAUAAAGCAGAUGCAAUGGUGGAGAAGUUUGGAAAGGCACUGAAUUAUGCAGAAGCAGCACUAUCAUUUAUUGAGUGUGGAAAUGCAAUGGAACAAGGCCCAAUGGAAUCUAAAUCCCCUUAUACCAUGUAUUCAGAAACAGUUGAACUCAUCAGGUAUGCAGUGAGACUAAAAACCCACUCAGGCCCCAACGCCACGCCAGAAGACAAACAGCUGGCAGCAUUAUGUUACCGCUGCCUGGCCCUUCUGUACUGGAGGAUGUUCCGACUCAAGAGAGAUCAUGCAGUCAAGUAUUCAAAAGCACUUAUUGAGUAUUUCAAGAAUUCCUCAAAAGCUGCCCAAAACCCAUCUCCUUGGGGUGCCAGUGGAAAGAGCACAGGAACUCCAUCACCUAUGUCCCCUAGCCCUUCUCCAGUCAGUUCUGUAGGAUCCCAGGGGAGCACAGGGGCUCCUUCCCCAUCUCCCAUCAUCAGCAUCCCGCAGCGCAUUCAUCAGAUGGCUGCCAACCACGUCAGCAUCACCAACAGCAUCCUGCACAGCUAUGACUACUGGGAGAUGGCUGACAACCUGGCCAAGGAAAACAGAGAUUUUUUUAACGACUUGGACGCAUUGAUGGGACCUAUCACCUUGCACAGCAGUAUGGAGCAUUUGGUUCAAUACACUCAACAAGGACUUCACUGGGUGCGGAAUAGCGCUCACUUGUCAUAAUGACUGUGUGCCAUUCACAUGGACAGUAUCCCUUUCAUGGAUAAUUCAGUUAUUCUGGACACUGUGCUACAGAAAUAGUCAGCUACAGCAUUGAUCCAAACAAAGGUGAAUAUUUCUUCAAUAUUGAGCAAAAUUCUUCUGAGUGCAGACAUGCAUUUGUGCAGAGGUACAAUAUACAGUGAUGUCUCUUCAGAAUGAAUUGUUCUGUAUCACUCUCCAAACAUUUUCGUACAUUAGAAAUACUAUAAAGAACUGAUCUUAAUGCACAAACAUACCCUUUCUAUUCUUGUACUGAAAAACUCAGAAACCAAAAUCUUAUGGGUUGAUUGAACCAAGUGCAAUAAGCACAGAUCCCUAUUCAGGAAAGCUCUUAACUUUAAGCUUAUACGGAAAUCCUGAUGACUUCAGCAGAGCUGAAGCACAUACACAAGGGCUUUCCUGAACUGGAAUGAAUGAGAGCAAAUCGUAGAUGUGGAGAAUUUUUACUGCAAGCGUGGACACGUCACAGAAGUUUCCAUAUUGAUGUGCCAUCUCCCUGUUUCUUCUCCACUGGAGCACAGAGAGGAGUUGUGUAGUCCACAUUAAGCUGGAGAAAGACAGCAUUCCUUCAUGUGAAAUAAGUUUCAACAAAUUGCAUGCAUUUCUUUAUCUCCUGUCUUUUUAAAUAACUUUAUGUCUCGUUCAGCUCCUCACCAACAGUGCAACCUACAGUAUCAAGCAAAAGGAAGGCCAGAAAACAGAUAUGCUGAUAGUAAUAACUUAAAAGAGGUGGUGGAAAAUUGCAUUCUGUUACUAACAGUAAAUAGAUAGGGAAAAAAUAUGGCAAACAGUAAUCCACUUAGGAAGGAAAAUGUGUUCAUUUUGGCUGCACACACAGAGAGGCAGAUAUUUAUAACAGUUGUUGGCUUUGCAUGGGAAGGCUUCAUCCGCAGAUUUUGACUUACAUAUCUUUUACAUCUAGCAGAAGCUUGCAACAUUUUCUUCCAGGCUGUAUGGGAGCACUACAUGCAAUUUCCUUUAUCUGGGAAGCUGAGUUUGCUGCUCAUCAGGCUAAGAACUGUUUCCUAUCAUAAUCCUCUCACUCUUCAUGCAUAAUCCUCAACUCGGCUUUAAUGCUUCUUGAUUUAUGGGAUGUUUUCAGAUCCUGUUGACAGGCUGUGUUUUUCAUGCCAGAAGAAUUAAUCCCACAAUAGUUGGAGUUUAAUUCGGGUCAGAUGAGGUCAAGGCCAGUUCAUAUCAACUUUGCUUGCACUCAGUGCAUUUUUGUUCACUUUCAGUGGUUUUCAUAUAUUUAGGGGUUUUUUUUUUCUAUAUUAGAAAUAUUUUUUUUGCAAUCAGAUUUGCUGCCUUUACUCAAAUCAACAGCUCCAGUGACUUUCAAUGGACUGUUCUUGUCCGAGUCAUUAGUUGAACCCUUUUACUGUUAUUUUCUAAUCUAAUUUGCUUACAUAUUAAGAAAAUGUGAGUACAAAAUACACUUUCAAUAGAAGAUACAAGUAGAAGUAGCCACUCAUACAAAUGGUUAAUUAAUUGGUCCUUGCUGCCUUUUUUUUUCCAUGCCCCAUUUUUGAAGAGCUGCAUUUUGAAGAAAAGAUAGCAAACAAUACGGCACAAUUUCUCAGUCAAAUGUCUUUGGUAGCACAGACUCCAUGUACCCUGUGGUAAGGAGUGGGCUUAUGAGCACACUGAGCCCCACAUAGCUGUGUUUUUCUGCUGAGGCUGCUCACCAUUACUCCAGUUAUUGCUCCAACUCAGAGCAUUCACUGUGUUCUCUGAAGCAGCCACCAAGGAACUGCUCAGCCCCAGGCCAUCCUGGGCCAAUAGUUAUGUGCCCAUCGGUGCUCAGAGACUUUCCCCCAAGAGAAUCCCUGUGGUCACCUCUUAGCAUGGACUUGAUUGUUACAAUGUGGCUGGCUUUAGGAGAGAGCAUGUACUUGCCUUUAAAUGACAAAAUAGGUGACCCCUGAGUCCUGCCGUCACCCUUAGCCCUGGCUGUCACCCACCCCAGAAGGAACACAAUUUGUUUCGUCACAAGUAUCAUGAAGAACUUGAUUGGUGCCUUUCUGUUGAUCACUUGCCUGAUCUCCAGCUGUGGAAGCCUGUCAGGAUUUGCUAGACUAGUAGCAAUGGAUUCUGUCAGCUGCUCCAAUGCCAUCUGCAGGUACUGCGGGAUUUCUCCUCAGAUCAGGAAAGUGAAACUCCAGCUAGAUUAGCUUCUGUUUUCUUUGACGGUGCCUAUGAUAUUUAUCUUCAGAUAAGUUUGGGGGUUUGGGAGCCCUUUCUGAUACUUAAUGUUGAGAAAUUUUAGAAGUAACAUAUAUUUCUUGCCUUAAAUGGAGCUUAGUUUUAUUGCACAUGUGGCAUUUGAGUUUCAAAUAUGGAACUUUGAAGCAUGUUUAUUUUACUAAGAUCGGGAUAUUUUUCUUAAUCAUGAUGAACUCUUUGUAUGGAUAUAAUAUGUCAAGAAACUUCAAAGAAAUGCAAGAAUUAAUUCUGUUGUAAUAUUUCCAAAUACUAAGCAACUCUGUAGAUGAUUGUCCUUUCCUGUACAUUGCUCUUAUAUUGAGUUAUUUCAGCUAAAAUACCUAUAGCUUCCAUGUAAAUCUUACUGGUUUUUAGUUUUUGUGCUGGUAUCAUCUGUGUUGUCUGAUGAGCACACUGAGCCUUAAUUUCUGGUGGUGCAACAGGAUGAGUGGAUUAGAAGGUUUGGCCUUCUCUCCAUAGGGUUUCUUCCAGCUAUACUAUUUUAAUGAGGUUAUUUAGAAUACUCUUGUGUGAAGGCUUUUUGCUGUAUAGGGUUGCUGCUGAUUGGAUGAAUGUGGAAUGGUGACAACAAAUGCUUAAUUUCAUCUUCUUAGGACCUGUUCUACAAAAGUGCAUGUGACUUAGGUCUGGUGCAGUUAAGUUUAUGCACCACUUUAACAACCUGAAUAGUCUUAGGCAUAUCACACUGUGAGUCAAAGAUACUCUGUGUGUUUUGGAUGGGACCAAAGGAGACUGUCCCUCUUUAUAGUUCCAUGAAAGACACUGACUUAUUUUACUCUGCUGUGAAAGUCCAGGAAUAUGCAGGCUUCUUUAGCUAUAGCAAUAUUCAGGUUCAAGUUUGAAAAAGUAAGAAGUCAUUCUGUACAAAUCCAGAAGGAUUAUGCCUGGAGGAAGAGGUUUGCUUAGAAACAGAGGCUUCUGAAUCAGUGAGAGUUGACACAGCAAUGGGAAUGGAUUCAAAGGAGCUGUGUAUUGGAGGUGGACUUGACAAACCAGAACGGCCUAUAGGAUCCUCACAAACAGCAAGAUCAUAUAGAGCCCUUGGCCUUAAUCCUUUAUAGUAUGGCAUGGUGGCAUGAGUGUCAGGUAAGAACAAAGCAUAUGCAGAGGUUCAAGUGUGGUCAGAAGCCAGGCAUAGUCCUUCCUGGCACGUGGCAGGAUACCCAAACCCCUUGUUUGCCUGUUCCUUUUGUCCAAAUAAGAGAGCUCCAUGGAGCUCCAAAGGAAGAGAUCACUGAAGACUUUAGGUAAAGAGGUUAAUAGGAUCAAGCCCAAGUGUAGAUACAAACACAUAUGUAUAUACUGUAAAUCUAAAUAAUAAUAAAAGUCACUCAGCAUGAAGGAUAUUACUAGUGCCUACCAUUGAUCAUCAAGUACUCAUCACUGAGCAGCCAUAUCACCUCAGAAGUGCAGUAGCUGUUGUCAAAAUAAUUUCUGUAGUUAAUUAAUUUAUAUGAAAUGCACCUUUGGGACUGUGCCAUAGUAUCUCUUUUGUAAUACAAACGUUCAACCAUUUUUUAUGGCUACUGAUUCAAAUCUGAAAUGUCAGGAUAUCUUUUCUUCCCCAGAUGAAGACAUACACUUAGAUCUGGCUAAUCUGUACUUAGUUUAUCUACCCUAGAGAGUUUAGUAGUCACCAGCCUUAACACAUGUACAGUAUGUGCUAUUCACUGACUUAAGUUGUAGGUUUUAAUCCAAAUGAAAUUGGAAUUUGCAAAAUUACUUGGAUUAAUGGCAUCUGCCUAGAUAUCCCACAGAUGUGACAUUAAAUGAUUCAUGAUUUUAAGUGGAAGGUUUGAAUUUUAUGUAAAUAACAAGGAUGAAUUCCUUGAUCUUUUUACAAGAUGAUUUUUUUUAAAUGAAAAGAUUGUCAAAGCAAUAGGUUUUUUAUCUCUCCUAAAUUUUUGGCAGGUCGUGGGUUCAUGGUAAAAGCUAUAUUAAGAACAUCUCCUGCAAUAUGCCUUGUCUUUACAUAAUCCUCUUAAUGCUUAAUAUGUCAGAAAGAAAUAUUUCUUGUUCACAGCGAUGGAAACAUUUCCCUCCCCCAUUCAAACUAAAGAAUAAAAUCUCCUGGCACAAUAAAAAUAGACAAUGCCUGAACUAUACAGACUUCUUAAGGUAACAGCAGAAGUCUGUCUGGCAAAGAACUAACAUGCCUCUCAUUCUGUUAUCAUUUAGUUAUCAUUUACAAUCACAUAUUUGACCUCACUGUGUUUGAAACUAAAGAAUUUGUCUAGUUUUCAUGUCUUAAAAAUGCCUGGUUGGUCUGAUCAGUGUCAUAAUUAUAACUGUUACAUUAGGUUAUGUGCUGUGUGCCAAGGGCUGGGAAGGCAUGUAACCAUAGAUAAAUUUAUCAGAAUGCAUUCAGAAAAGCACUUGGAUGAUCUUAUGUCUAGUAUGUCUCAAAAAAUGUGGAACUAUGUCUCUCAGCCAAUAUUGUUAGCAUGAAAAUUUAGCUACUUUAGUCUCUCAGAAAGCUGCUGUUUGCCUUCAAAAAGGCCAAGCCUCAAUUUCUAGCAUCACUGACCUCCAUGCUGUAAAUUGCUCUUAAGGUUAAUUAACAAGUUGGGAAAGUCACUUUAGGUCCUGUUUGUGCUAACCUGACUAAAGCUAUAGAGAGGAAAAGUACUGAGAUUUAGAGCAUCCACUGGUCUUUCAAAACACUAUGGUUUUCCUCAGUGAGAUGGGUGAGAUUCAGCUGGGGCUAUUUCUUCAAGUAAUUUCUCUGUCUCCACUUGCUGUCUAGCCCUGUUGCUCUUGGUAGCCCACAAGUAUGCCUGAGUUCCAGGGGUGUUUGCUACAUUGGCAGCCCAAGCUGCCUUUCCAGAGGGGUGCUGGAACACAGAGCAAGUAACUCACAGGUUGCAUAAAGUGCCUGGCUUUUGCCCCCAAAACCAGCAACACUUCACUCCUUCACUUUUGCAAUUUGUGUAGCUUGAGUUUCACACACUGCAGCUUGAAGUCCAGCCUUAUCCCUACUGCCCUCAAAGAAUUCCAGAAAGUCCAAGGAAAACAACAGAAUUAGGGGAGGGAAGGGAGUUUCCUCUGUCCCAUGGCACUGAGUCGUUUUUGGGAGCAAAUACAGUGAACAGCAUGAAUUAUAAGGCACUGAGGUCUCAUGUUUCUCAUAUGUACUAACACAGGGAUACUUAACAUUUAUCUGCCUCAUAGGGCUUUAUGAGAAUUAAUUAAUGUUUGCAAAUCACUUUGUAUCCUCAGAAGGAAAGUGCUGUUGAAGAGCUAUAGAAAAAACUGCUAAGUACACUGGAUGAAUUUCACCCCUGAGUCCAGAGCUACAAGACCCACAAAAUCCUUAAAUGCUAUGUAAGCGCUCGGUGUAAGCACCAGAGUGUAUAAAACUUGUGCUUAGCACUGAGGGGUGUCACAGCCUAGGUGAAAUUGCCAUUCCCUGAGUAUCUAUGACUUUGAUCCUGGCAGAGAGUAAGCAUCACAACAGUACAUAAUGGGACAAACAGCAUAGAUUAACAAAGUGCUGCGUGGAUCCUAAGAGUUUCAAAUGUUUUCAUGCCUUUUGGUCACUGUAUUUCUGCAAAAGAAAAUUGUACAAAGUAUGUUCCUCUAAACAGCCUUAGAAGUGUUCAAGUAGUUUAUUAAUCCAAAUCCAGCUUCACAUCAAAUCAAUGGAAAUUUUCUUUUAGAAUGGUGCAUUGCAGAGAACUAGUUGCUUAACAAAACAUUUUUUUAAAAAGUCUUGUGACAAAAUAUGUGUGUGAUUUUGAUGCACAUUACCAGUAAACAAAGUGGGAAGUCAGAGAUAAAUUGGCAACACAGUGUUCAGGGAGUGACCUUCCCAAAUCACACCAUUGUUAGCCAUUAUCCCCAGGGCAAACUUCCAGCUCUGUUCUGGAAGAACAUUGCCCCUAGAAUUUAUCAAUAAAGCACUUCACCAAGGACUGAACACCUGUCAAACCAGCAGAAUGUUUCUGAUGUGGUUCAUGUUAUUCAGUCAAUACUAACCAAUCCUUUCUUAGAAGCAGUUAUCCUUUUCUCUUCCACUUGGCAUUCUUACACAUGGAAUUCUCACCCUGUCAACAGACAUGAAAGAAAACAUUUCCUGCAAAAACAAGCUAGACAUAGAUAAUAUUUACCAAAGGACAGACCCUUAUUCUUUUUCUCACUUCCAUUUUGGAACACACCUCUGUUUAAAAAAGCAUAUUUUCCUUUGCAGUUUAGUUUUAUCAUAGAAGGGUUUGGGUUCAAAGGGACCUUGAAGAUCAUCUAGUUCCAACCCCAGUGUAGUGGGCAGGGGCACCUUUCACUAGACCAGGUUGUUCAAAGUCUCAUCCAGUCUGCCCUUAAACACUUCCAGGGAUGGGGCAUCCACAGCUUCUCAGGGCAACUUGUUCCUGUCUCACCACACUCACAGUAAAGAAUUUCUUCCUUAGAUCCAAUCUAAAUUUACCCUCUUUGAGUUGAAAACUGUUUCCCCUUGUCCUGUCACUACAGGCCCUAGUAGAGUCUUUCUCCAUCUUACUUAUAAAUCCCCUUUUUGUACAGAAAGAUUACAGUAAGAUCUCCCCAGCACCUGCUCUUCUCCAGGGUGACCCCCAGCUCUCACAGUGUGU